UCAGGAAAUGUCAAACUGUAAAAAGUAAAGGACUUUGAAAUGCUGUCUACAAAUUGUAGGACAAUUAAAUCCUCUCAAACUUUGCUAUGAGGGGUAACUGAGUUACAAAACAGAGUUUGAUCUUUCUGAAAGAAUGCUUAAUUAUGUCAAAGUAAGAAAAAGAAACACAAGGACGGAUCUAUCGUCUAGUAAAAAAAUGUAGAAUAUCCGUUUCAAGUCCAUACGUUUCAUUUAAGUAUUGAAUUCGUUUUACAUGCCAUGCUGUGAGCUACAGCACAGAACAUAUUAUAAAAUAAACAUAAAAAGGGAAUGAAGUUAGUUAUUAUAGAAUCUGUAAAUUGAGCUUUUUAUAUAUUUACCAUUGAGAAUAAUUUCUUGAUCAUUCUUUAAGAUGAGAACCAGAAAAAUAUAAAGCGGUUUUCAUGGUACUUUCUUUUUGAAAUAAUAUAUACAUAGAGCCGUUUGUUGUGCGUGGUCUAUUGCUAUCAGAGGCUAUAAUUUACCUUUCAUGGGUAUCAGACAGUCGUUCUUUUUAUCCUUUGCGUUAUCCAUUAUUACAACCGCAAGAUGAAAUUAUACAAAAAAAAGCACUCCCUUAUUACACAAGAUCAAGGAUUUCUUCUGCGUCUUUUUUUUUUUUUUUUACAGAACAGAGCUACUUGCGAUUAAUGUAGGCUUCAUUGACUUUCUAUCAUAUAUAACAGUAAUUCUACAUUUGCUUGUUAAUGUAGUAAUUUUAAGUUACAAAAGUGAAAUUUCCUAACAAGCAGAAUCACCUGUAAAUGUUGUGUAUAGAUUAAUUUACCUGAAACAAUUUAACAAAUGAAUAUACUUUAUUUUUGCUAUGAAUCCAAGGAGUAAAGAGACAUUACUGUUUAAAUUGAAUGUCACUGUUCAGAAAUAGGCAUGCAAUAAUGUAUAUGCAAAGAUUGUUUUAUUAAAAGUGUAAAAGAAAAUACACAAUAUAAGAAUGCACAUACAGGAUUUAAGAAUAAUGAAUGGCUAAAGCACAUUUUAUAUUAAAAUGUUUUUUCAUUAUGUAUGAUUUUUACUAUGUUCUAUUUUUCUCUCUUUUCAGAUUCUUGCAUUUUAAAUAACUCUGGUUGUGCAACGUGUGUAGCCGAAGACAGUUUUUCUCAUCGAGCAUGAACCUCAGUCUCCCCGACCAGACCAUGCACAACUCCAGUGAAGGCUGCCUCGAGGACGACAAACCUGAUGUCAUGUUGCCUUGCUUCCGCAGAAACAUGUACGACGAGCCUCUGGCCUCAUACUCCAGCGGAUCCAUCAUCUCUCAACUCCUUCGCAAGACAAUCCACAACAAGAGGGCACUAGAUGAAAGCCAUUUCUACCUUUCAGGCUCCGCUGCGGCUGACUCCAGCCAGGAGGACCAGUGCAGCAUAUCCUCAAAAGACAGCACUGUGGAAGCUGCCUCCCCCGGCGCUCAUGUUCCCACAGGAGCCGGCACGGAGGUGGAGCAUCCCAUGGCUGACCACCUGCAGGCCAAGAGGGCCAGAGUGGAGAACAUUAUCAGGGUCAUGGCGGGCUCUCCCAACAGCCGGCAGCCUGGAGACAGCGAGAGGUGUGACACAGACGCCAGAGACACCAGAGAGGCCAGAGAAGCAUACAGGGAGAACAAACGUAAACAGCGGUUGCCUCAGCAUCAGGAACACAGUGUUGGAGGGCCGGCAAACAGAAGACCCGGAAGCAGCAGCAAUAGUGAUAACUGCAACAAGGAUGAGGAGUGUCACAAGCUGAAGGAGCAGUUGCACAGCAUGCAGAGGCUGCUGCGCCAGCUCCAGGAAAAGUUCCUGCAAGUUUACAACCAGGAGGACCCUGAAAACAACGACAGAGAUGACACAGAAGGUGUGGAGCAUGAAAGCACAGAGUCACGGUAUGUAAGCACUGAAGAUGAUUUUGAAAGGAAGAAUAGCAGGGUGACUGCGGAGUGUAAGGACAGAAUGAAAGUAGUUGGUUAUCUGGUGCAACAGAGGGAGAGUCGGAGCCUGCAGGACACCCUGAAGCAGGAGCUCUCCAGGGCUGUGAAUGACUGUGUAGACAGAGUGUUCAAGAAGGCGUCCUCCACAGGGCAGGAUCUGUCCCCUCAGCAGCGCAUGUGCUCCUCUCCAGAGCUGCAGAUCGGCGUAGGUGCAGACAGGAAGCGCCAGCAGGCCGGCUCCUCCCAGGAACAGCCCCAGGCGGAGGAGGCUGCGGUGAAGCCCUGCUCUUUGGAGUAUUAUGAAAGCUCCGAGGCACACAGCCCACCGGACCAGACGGAGGCACUGUCACUGGUGGUCCGCAAGCCGCCCGUGACCCCUCUGAGCUCAGUCACCCCGACAGUGAAGAGGCCCUACCCCAUGCACCAGAAUCCAUUUCAGUUCAGCUACAGCACCCCUCUGCACGACAGUCAGAUCCUGGAGCAUCUUCUUAAGUACGGGCCACAUUCCAGUUUCGGGGGUCACCCCUGCAUGGCUCCAUCCAUGGACAGGAACUCCCCAGACUCCGUGGACCUGCCCUGGGACGCCAUCGCCAUGAGGUCCAAGGUGACGUCCAGCCACCUCGCCCACCACGCCCGUGCCUCCGCCCUGGGGGCAGUGACGGUCGACAAUCUGUGUCUCCCCCACGUCAAGAUCGAGUGCGGAGAACUGCAGAGCAUGGCCGACCGAAACCCCUACAUGUCACUCAACAUCCAGGAGGGUCUCACCCCGAGCCAUCUGAAGAAGGCCAAGCUGAUGUUCUUCUACACCCGCUACCCCAGCUCCAAUGUGCUGAAAAACUUCUUCCCUGAUGUCAAGUUCAACCGCUGCAUCACCUCUCAGCUGAUCAAAUGGUUCAGUAACUUCAGGGAGUUCUACUACAUCCAGAUGGAGAAGUUUGCCCGCCAGGCCAUCGUCGACGGCAUCAGUGAUAUCAAAGACAUGACGGUUAGCAGGGACUCGGAGCUGUUCCGGGCGCUGAACAUGCACUACAACAAAGCCAAUGACUUCCACGUCCCAGACAGAUUCAUGGAGGUUUCUGAGAUUACCUUGCAUGAGUUUUACAGUGCCAUUUCCGCAGCCAAAGAUUCAGACCCCUCAUGGAAAAAGGCCAUCUACAAGGUGAUCUGUAAACUGGACAGCGACGUCCCGGAAGAGUUCAAGACAUCUUCUUAUUUAUAGGCCGAAGUGGGGGAUUCGAAAAGUGGAAAAAUUGGAGUUGGUCACCUGACAGUAUUAUUUCAUCCUUUAUUGUAGUGCAUUUUAGUGAGGUGAAAUGUAGAUGUUGGAUAAUUAAUAAUUUUGUAGAUCUUAAAAAAACACACACAUCAUUUUAAAUAUUAAUAAGCUUUAGUCUGUAAUGCUGUAUGUUUAAAAAAAAGAAAAAAAAGAAAUAAUCUACAAAUAUGAUGGCUCUUUAUUCUAUUGUUUAGUGUUUACUCUGUAUGAUCUGCCUCAACACAUUUAAGGAAUUUGUAGGUGUGUACAAAUGUUUACAGAGUGCUUUCAUUCUUUUUCAAUAUUAUAAAACGAUAUAGUAGCCUGUUUAGCUGACCUAGAAGACUUUUUUGGCAAUUACCGUCAGUAUUAGUUUGCUUUUGAUUCCUGGCUGUGUGUGUUUUGUAAAUGUACAUGUGCUACAGUUGAGUGUUGCAUAUUGUUCUAUCAUUAUUUUGUUAUCUUUUAUUUUGACAGAAUGCGCAUGUGAAAAUACUGCUGUUUUGGUUUAAUUAUGUAUAAAAAGGUCAUGUAAAGUACAAUCAUUUUCAGAUAUUUCAUUCACAGACAAUGUACUGGAUGAUUAUUGAAAUAAAA